CACAGACUUCUCCAGUGUGAGUCCUUCCCUUGGGCUAUGCUUCUUCAUAAACUGCUCCAGCGUGGGUCCCUUUCCACGGGGUGCAGUUCUUCAGGAACAGACUGAUCCAGCCUGGGUCCCCCAGAGGGUCACGAGUCCUCCUAGAGACCUGUUCUAGUAUGUGCUCUUCUGUUUGUGGGUCCACAGGUCCCUGCCAGAAGCCUGCCCCAGCAUGGGCUUCCCACAGGCUCACAGCCAUCUUUCAGGCAUUCACCUGCUCCUCCAUGGGCUGCAGGUGAUUUCUGCUCCCAUCUCACUCCUUUCCCCUCUGGCUGCAGUUUCCUCUGCACAAUCAUUUUUUCCCCUGCUACAAGUGUUGUCCCAGAUGUGUGUCACUGACAUCGAUGAUUGACUCGGCCUUGACCAGCGGUGGGUCUGUCCUGGAGCUGACUGGCAUUGGUUCUGUUGGACAUGGAGGAAGCUUCUCACAGCUUCUCAGAGAAGGUACCCCUUUAGUGCUCCCCCAGUACCAAAACCUCGCCAUGCAAACCCACGCACAUGAAUUCACACUAACCUGGCUGCACACAAGUGCACUCAAACCAGGAGUACAACCAAUGACGGACUCUGCUGUGGACACCUGGGGACAACACCGCAGGGCUGGGGCACUGUGGGGAAGGGCAAGGCCCCAGGGAAGCCCGUGGCAUUGUUUGUGUACUCACAGGCUGCACACAGACAGAAGAUUCAAAAUAAACCCGAAUGCUUUCCUGAGGGCAGUGUCAGGCAGGACAGGGUCAAAGCAGCUGCCCAAAGCACACACAUAGAGAGGCAACAACCAGUGACUGUUGGGGUGAGCUGAGGAGGGAGAGAAAGGGAAUGACAUGGCCAAUCCUCAUGCCCAGGAGUCCUUGGGUAUCCACAGAGGAUUGCUGCAACUUCUUCUUGAAAGCAGCACUUCAAACAAGCCCAUCAGAGUGAUCCAGACUGACACAUCACUUGCCUGCUCCGGAUCCAUCCAGCCCUGGAGCUGAGUCCUGAGCUGCAUUAUUUCAUUCUUACCCUAGAAAUCCUAGGGUUCAAACAAACCCAUCCUUGGGGCAUGGACAUGGAAGAUGGAAAUGAAAAGGCAGCAGUUUGGAAACCAAAGCACAGCCUGUACCAUCAGCUGUGAUGGUUUGCAUUCAAGAUGAAAUUGUUACCUCUGCAAAGGCUGUCCCUGGUCCAGUGCGGUGAAGGGCAGGUAGAAAAGGCAGCCCCAGCCCCUGCUGUCUCAUCCACUUCUCUUAUCUCCUUCUGCUUGGGAACCAGGUGAGUCUGAAAACCCUUCUCCUCCUCUUCCACAGUGAGAUCUCCGCUUGCUGGACAUCUCAGAUGAUUCUGGCUGUGUCCUGUGCUGGGCCCUGGAGCUUGCUGUCAUGGCAAGUUGUUGGCUGUAAAAUAUGUGCUAGAGUGAGGCUGGAAUGUGGCUCUUGCUUAACAAAUUAGGAGAGAGACUCUCUGGGCCAGGCUGUUCUUUGCAGCACAAGGAAGAAGGUGUGGCUCCUUGCCAUGCCUGCAGCUCCCAGUUCAGCAGUGACCUUGUUUGCUCUUAUUCACGCUUGUGCUCUGUUUCUUGUCUGCUCCCUCUCCCAGGUGCCCCCCGACACUGGACAUCCCAUGUACUGUUACAUCCCAUGCCAUUCCUGCCAACACUGUGGCACGGCCCCGCUGGCCAACAGCUGCAAUGAGUGCUGUGUCAGGCAGUGCCAGAGCUCCACCGUUGUCAUUGAGCCACCGGCUGUGCUGGUGACCCUGCCCGGGCCCAUCCUCAGCUCCUUCCCACAGAACACCAUGGUGGGAUCCUCCACCUCCGCUGCCGUUGGCAGCAUCCUCAGCUCUGGGGGAGUGCCCAUCAGCUCUGAGGGCUGUGACCUCUCUGGCCUUUCCAGAUCCUACUGGUGCAGAAGGUUCCUCCCCUGA